CACUUUCCUAUCGGGCGUGCCAUGGCAUCGUGCUAUCUGCCCACUCGAGUAGCGGCAUCAGACUUUGACAUGAUCGCUCUGAUGCGACCGCGUCGUUGUUUUACGGUGACUGUGUAUAUGCAUAGAGUGCAAUGUGGAGAGAUGUAGUCAAUGACUUGACGCGCCUUCAAGUACUGCCCGUUAAGGCGGUACUCUUCUUCGUGUACGGUGGUCAAUACACCUUAGUGCCGUUCUUCGGCGUCAUCUUCAAAUCCUUCGGCUUCGAUAUCCAGUCCGUGUCGGUCCUCUACGCUAUUCAACCAAUCGCAGCCUUCAUUGCCUCCAUCGUAUCAAGCUGCCUCACUCGACCAUCUCGGAUCAAACUAGUCGUCUGCGUCCUCUUGUUACUGUCUCUGUUCUUCAACAAUCUCCUCCUCCUCCUUUCACCAAAACCUUCGCCUCUACUACUUCGUUUCCACAUCGCCACCACCGACACCAACUUCACGCUUAAACUCGUCGCGCCACCAGAGAGAUGCAACGUCACCUACAGCCGUUCUAUACUUCACCUCAACUUCGAGAACUGCGACAAGACGCCAGUCUUGUCCAACAGUUCAGCCAUGUCUCUUCCACUCCCCAAAGAUCACUUUUCUUUGGAUAUCGUUGGAAACGAUUUGACACUCGAACAACACUUACAUAGCUCGCCUAGCCUAAGCUUCGUUUAUAACGAAACUCUUUACAACGAACUCAACUUCGAAGCGGAUACAACGUGCGACAUAUUCUCGCCAGUCGACAAGGCAAGCUGCGAGAAAGACAUAGGCCGUCUACUGCACACGCUCAUUCUUGUUGCUCUGGCAACGGCUUGUUCAUCGUUAGUCAUCAUACUUAUCGAAUCUGCAGUAGUUACAGCUGCUAGGCUUAACAACAGCGAGAUUGGACUUCAGAGAAUUUGGUCCUUCUUCGGUGCUACAGUAUGGCCUCUGUUUGCGGCACUGCUGGUGGAAAAGACUGAAAGCCUUCACUCAUUGUUUUACCUGUACGAUGGUCUGAUGCUAGCAGGCCUCUGUGUAGUCGUUGUCAUGAACGUCACUCUGGACUAUGAACCACUGUCCUGGCGUGCCUUCAGACGGACCGCCGGCCAUCUUGAAGAAGUAUUCCGCGUAGCACCCAUGUUUUUUGCAGUCAUAGUACUUGGAGCAACAUGGGGAUUUAUGGACGCCUUUUUAUUCUGGUACAUGGAAGAGCUGUCGUCAGGUGUAAUCUGGAUGGCUUUGAGCGUGAGCCUAGGGUCCCUCGGCACUGUACUGUUCUGUCUGUCAAGCAGUCGUCUGCGAAUGUUAGGAGAAGGGUGGUCCGCCUUAGUUUUGGCGUCUGCGGUCUAUUGUACUCGGUUCGUAGGAUAUUACGUCGGCAAUUCUGUGUUCGUCUGCGUCGGGGUUGCCGUGCUGGAACCACUCACCAACGCAAAUCUUAUGCUAGCCUUGUCUAGAUUUUGUGAAAGUGAUCCAGGAAAGGGUCGGCGUCGUAGAAUAUUCAACGUGGCUGCCUGGAGCUCCCUUCAUGUAAUUUCAGGUCGCAUCAUAGGAGCUCCCGUCGGCGCUUAUGGUAUAGCAAGCUACGGAUCGUCGCUGACUUUCCGGUACUGGGCAUACCCUUUAGCUGCUCUUGCUGUGACAGUAGCACUGAUCAAGGCUUCGCGAAGCAUUUUUCUGUCGAGAGAGAAGGACACGGGAAGAGAAGGACAGACUGUUGCAGACGGACCGAGCGGACGAUCGCAGACGAAGCUACCGUCGUCUGCUCCGACUGUGUUCGGCGCUUUGAGCCUUGCUGCCGUCACCAGGACGUGGAUGGCAGACGUCAUCUCUGCGUCGAGCGAGUCGUGGCCUACAUCCAGCACGGGUCCCAUAAUUUCGUGUCCCGACGAUGAAAAAUUUGACGAGGACAGCUUCCAGAAGGACCUGCUGGCGCUCCGUCAAAGUCGUCUGCACACAUACGCCCCCAACGUUUUCUCCAGAAGUGCUUCGAUGCCCGCUGUACCUUCACGAUACAGCGUUACUGCCAUAUCGCGACAGAGAAUGUCCCUGCCUCCUGUACUAGAGGAACCGAGCGCCAAUAAACCAGAGGGCCGGCUAAAGACUCGCUUGGCAGCUCCGAAGCCUGGCCUAACAAAGACAGACGCAACGCAAGACAAGGAUGACAAAGGAGAGAGCACUAGGUUCUGAAUGCGUGGAAUGGAGUUCCAACCCGAUGUGGUGUCUGUGAGAACACAUGGUGCUAAUAAACGGCGCAAUUCCAAGUGGUUA